CUUGGUAAUUCCUGGUUCCAGGUGACAACAGGGGUUCACCGGAUACGUGUUCAGACCUGACCGCAAAUUCGUGUUUCUGAUUGCAUAAUGUAAACAAACACGCUAUAAAAGGCGUGAAUUGUGUCACCCGGACAGAUAACUGACUACAACUUCAUUGAGAACUGUCGACCCUUCACGACGGAUCGAUCUCAACAAGAUAACGGAAUUUUCACUUCCCAACUGUGUGUAUUGACGAGAACCAAGAUGGCGGACAGCAGGUCUGCUCAGACGUCUCCUCUGCCCCGGGACACUGAGACUCGGGAGCUCCUGGUAGAAACUCUCCAGUUUGCGAGACAGUUGCUGGAGAUCGCGGACACGUACAGGAACGGGUCUCCGGCUGGCGGGGGCGGGUAUGACCAGACGGACGCCGUCACACCGUCCGGAGAACUGCCGCCGAGCGGCGUGUGUCAGCAGCUGGCCGCCGCCAUGAACAGGGCCUUACAGUUCGUACAGGAAAACGUCACCGUGCCGGAAGAAGUGAUCAAAGCAGACGUGCGGUUGGCGGAGGAGGCGGGGAGGUACGCCGUGCUACAGAUCAUGCGCUUCUUCUGGAGGGGCAUCACCAACAUCCAGCCCAAAAGUGCCGAGUUUGCCGCGGAGUUCCAGGUCGUCAAGGAUCACCUGGAUCACUGUCAGGAGAUGGUCCCCCAAAUAGAGGACUACAUCCGACAGGCUGCGGAUCUGUGCACCCAGAUCAUGCAGUGCAAAGGCCCCAAUCGCUCCCUCCAGCUGGCCUUCGACAACGUUACGCGGCGUGCAGACCUGGAGCUGACGCUCUGCGAGAAGCGUCUGAAACAGGCCGAGAAGAAGUUGAAUGACCUUGUGAUGAAGGUCAAGACAAAGAAGAGGGAUGAGGGUAGAGGUAUGACCCUAAUUGGGAGUGCUGCUGUGUUAUCUGCUGCUGCUGCCACCACUCUUCUCUUCACCUUCAAGGCCCUCACCAGGCUGCGAGCCACAGCCUUGUGUGGCCUCACCGUCAUCGGAGGGGGGCUGCUUGUACUUAACCGCGCAGACCAGAGCGAGUACGAGAAAUUCCUGUCGGAACUGCGGGAGCACCGGAUGAAGAACGAGCAGCUGCAGAUGAGACUGGAGGAGCUGAAACGCAGGCUGGAGUCAGAGGUGGAGGCAGUUGGGACACUGAGGGCUGAAGUGAUGCAAUCACCAGACAACCAAUCAGAACAGGAAUCUGCAUCAGUAGAACAGCCUCCCAGCCAAUCACAAGAUAACGAAUCAGAACAGGGAUCUGUAGAGGAGGCUCCUGGCCAAUCAGACGUUGUCUCUCAGACUUAUGAACAGUCCACUGAUAUUGACACACCCUCUGAUGAUGAAGAGCACAGCCAAUCAGAAGCAUCUGUGUCCUCUGUUGUGCCUAAUCCUGACCAAUGAUAGGAGUCAGACUGAUCACAUGAUACACCUGAUGGUGGAGAGCACAGCCAAUCACAAGCCUUUGUGUCGUCAGCUUACCAAAUUCUGACCAAUGAGGGGAAUAGGACUGAUCACUUGACCAUAAGUCAUUAGGACUGAUUACUUGAUCAUAAGUCAUUAGAUGUUAAUUACAUCAGUUUUAGACCUCUUGGAUCAUGGUUGCAAAAUUGGGAAUGAACACAAAAUUGUGUAUGAUCACAAAUUGUAAAAUCAGUGAAUCAUAAUUGCGUGAUUUGAGUGCUAUGUCCAAAAAUGUAUAUAAUGGUAGUUAGAAAUGAUUCUAGUAUAGGAGCUUAUUUAUCUCAAAUAGAUUUCACUUCACCAAAAUGACAUUUUAACUUGUCCCAAAUAGCUUAAUGCCUGAAACAGGUUUCACUUCUCCAAAAUGACAAAAGGUUGAU